UCUGCUAACAGUUCUGCGCAAUCGCCUUCGCAUGAUGAUCCUCUUGACGGCACGUGCUAGGGGGCCGCCCAUUUCUACAAUUUAUCUUCUUAAAAUGUGAUUUAAAAACUAAACCUAACAACACUGCUAAAUGGCUAACCCUGACCUUAAACAAAGACCAAAAAGCUAUUUUUUGUUUUCAUACAUUUUUACGAUAUAGCCAUUUUGAAUUUGUGUGGCUGUGAUAACUAGUGGACACCAGUGUUAGCACUAGCUAGAUGCUACUUUGAAAACAGUCAGCAAAUAUUACACAAUUUGUGGCACUGGGAUGAGAGAUUGAACGUUUCCAACUAGCCGAUUGACAACGUUUGGCAAGUGGACUCCCUGGGUACUGGUGUAAUCUGGAAGCUACAUGCCAGUUUCCCAGCUUGCUGAACUCACUGGGAGGCAAAGCAACUGUGACGUUUGGAAGGGAAGUGGGGUUUAUUUUGCAGUGUUGAGUUGAUGUUGUUGCAGCUAUGUCAGAGGCCAUCCUCACCUUCCAGUACCAGCUCAGUGGCGUCAUGGAAACAGUCCUCAAAACCGCCAUGCAUGAAAUCACUCGGCUGGUGAAGGAUGGCUUCCUGGAGGAAGUGACACGGAGCAAGCAGGAAGUGGAUGUCUUGAGGAAGAAGCUGCAGCAGUGGGAGCAGAGAUGGAGGGACAGAGAGGAGGAGAGGAAGAGGAUGGAAGUUGAAGAGAAAGAGCAGAGAAAGAAGAGGGAAGAGAGAGAUCAGGGGGGGAUGUGUGUGAGAUGUGGUUGUGCUGGAGACACUGAGAAAGGAGAGGCUCUGUCAGGAGCAGAGGACGUUUGUGUUAUCAAACAGGAGGAGAUGUUCCAGUCAGAGGGACCCAGCACUCUCCCAGAGAGAGAGGGUCCACAGGAAACAGACAUGCCCAGCUCUUCCUGUGUCUCUGAAAGGAUAGAAGAGGGGGAGGCCCAUGUGGUCCAUAUCAAACAGGAGCCUGAUGACUGGGGGGAUCUAGUAACCCAGAUGGUCACAGCCACAGAUACUACCAUAAUGAGCCUGAGUCGUCUGCAGAGACUGAGCUCACAUGCUGGAGCAUGGACCAGUGAGCCUCAGCCUCGACCACCACCUCCACUUCCAGCACCAUGGGCCAGAGAGCCUCUACCUCCAGCACCAUGGGCCAGGGAGCCACCACCUCUACCUCCAGAACCAGCACCAUGGACCAGAGAAGCAGCAUCUACUCCCAGAGUCAGCAACAACACAAUGGCACAGCUGAGGGUCAAACCCUACAGCUGCCCACACUGUGAAAAGAGCUUCCCUCAGCUCCGAAACCUGAAAGACCACCAGAAGUACCACCACACAGGGAAAAAGGCCUUCACCUGCUCCCAGUGCGGUAAGGGCUUUGUUUACAUGUGCCACCUCAGGGUACACAUGCAGUGCCACACAGGGGAGAGGCCGUUCAGCUGCUCUCAGUGUGGGAAGAGCUUUGUCUACCUGUGCAACCUGAAGUCCCACCAGCAGUAUCACACAGGAGAGAAACCGAAGAUUCCUGACUCUGGGCAGUGGUGUGAUCUGGAGGAGGUUGAUGUUGUUGCAGCUAUGUCAGAGGCCAUCCUCACCUUCCAGUACCAGCUCAGUGGCGUCAUGGAAACAGUCCUCAAAACCGCCAUGCAUGAGAUCACUCGGCUGGUGAAGGAUGGCUUCCUGGAGGAAGUGACACAGAGCAAACAGGAAGUGGAUGCCUUGAAGGAGAGGGUGCAGCAGUGGGAGCAGAGAUGGAGGGACAGAGAGGAGGAGGGGAGGGGGAUGUGUGUGAGAUGUGGUUGUGCUGGAGACACUGAGGAGAAAGUAGAGGCUUUGUCAGCAGAGGGUUAUGGUAUCAAACAAGAGGAGAUUCUCCAGUCAGAGGGGCUCGUCGCUCUGAGGGAGGCCCAUGAGAUCCAUGUCAAAGAGGAGGCCGAUGCACAGGGAGACUGGGGGGAUAUGGUAACCCUGACAAUCCCAUACACCGAUGCCCCCCAUAGUGACCUUGGUUUGUCUGCACCAUGGGCCAGUGAGCCCCAGCCUCUACCCCCACCCUCAACACCAUGGACCAGUGAGAAGCAGCCUUCACACCCAGGGUCAGUGAUACCAGCCCAGGGGAUAGAGAGCUCUAUGGGGCCCCAUGAGUCCAUGUGCCACCUAAGGAUCCAUAUGCAGUGCCACACGAGGGAGAGGCCAUACAGCUGCUCUCAGUGUGGGAAGAGCUUCAGCCAUCAGAGUGUCUUGAAGAGACAUAGGGCCUAUCACACCGGAGAGAGGCCUUACCAGUGCACAGACUGUGGGAAAAUAUUUAUCGCUAGAGCGGACUUGAAAAAACAUGAGCAAAUUCAUUCAAGGGGCAUCUGUGCCAUUUCCAAGGCAAAACUGACAAAGGGUGUCCAAGAGAAUGAAGAUUACGCUGCGCCAGUUCAUGUUCCAUCAGGAACUGGAAGGAUUAUUCCGCUGGCAUUAUUAGCAUCAGUAAGACAGGCCCAUAAGCAACUUGGGGAGGAGCUAAAAUGGAGAUUCAGCCCAAAUGACUGCUUCAGGUCCCCUCACAACGAGGAGGUGACCAAAGCAGUGACACAGAUUGUAAAGGAUGGAGGCAAAAACUGGGGGCCCGACAGCCUCAUCAGAAAGGCGUGCAACAGAGCUUAUGAGUAUUGGAAGGCUCAAGGGAAGAUUGAGCUGGAGGGCAGCGUGGAGGUCAUCAAGAAGAAGAAAAUCCUCACCAGCAGGCGGAGCAGGCUCUUCCAGAAGAGAGUAAAGGUGGGAGGAGAGCUCCUCGCCCCAGAAGAUCUGAACUUCCUGGUUGGAGCAGACCCCAACUUCAUGUCGGACGAGGAAAGUGAUUCUGAAGACAAGUUCACCUAUCAUGUGCUCCCUCCCAGGUGGCGUUGCUCGAGGUUGACCCGGAUUGUCCGACUCUGUCAGAUAACCUUAGAUGAGAAUCGCCUUGAGGGCGUUGAGCCAAAGUCGGCUCGCUGCAGAAAAUUACAGGGGGGCAGAUUUACCUCCCGCCACCCCCCAAAAGGAAAGGCUAAACAAGUGUAUGUGAAUAAAAAUGAUAAAUAAA